GGUCACUAUGACAAGUGUAUAGCUCAGCUGAUAUCUAAGACCAAGGACAUGUCUGCAGUGGCUGGUAGCAUCUUCUCUCAUCUGGCCGUACAGAAGAAAAACAUCCUCAUCACCAUGCUCAUCGACCACUUGUGCAAGAAAGAAGCGGGUCUGACCGAUGAGCUGGCCUCCAUAGGGCAUACUGACUGAGCUCACCACACUGAACAAUGCAGAGAAUGCUAAAGUAGCUCUCAGGGCUAGACAGGUGUUGAUAGCAGCUCACACACCCCCUUAUGAACUUCGACAUAACCAGAUGGAAUCCAUCUUUCUGUCGGCCAUUGAUAUGUAUGGACCAGAAUUCAAUCCUGAAAAUCUACAGAAAAUCAUCCAUUCAGAGACUGCCAUUUAUGACAUCCUACAGGAAUUCUUCUGGCACACUAACAACCUGGUCAGAUCUGCUGCCUUAGAGGUGUACAUAAGGAGAGCCCACAUUGCUUAUGAGGUGAACUGUCUCCAGCACAGAGAACUGAACGGGGACAUGUCAAUGGUGGAAUUCAGGUUCCUCCUCCCCAGGUCACACCCCAACAGGCUGAUGGUGAUGCGCUAUGACAGCAGUGACAAGGUGUCCGGUCUGUCUGACCCUGAGGCCCACAUCGAUCAGCUAGAGGAACCCCUCACCUGUCAGAGAAUGGGCAUCAUGGCCUCAUUCAACUCCAUGGCAGAAUUCGAAAUCCACUUUGAGCAGGUGUUGGAGUGCUUUACGGUGGAGUCAGACAGCCCACCCAGCAGUCCCACUAUACUGGCCAAGAGUCCAGCCGGCAAUGAGGACUCCAUCUCUCUACAUAGUUCUUCAGAUCCAGAUGAACCUAUUCAUAUCAUCAACGUAGGAAUUAAAUUCAGCAAAAAGGAGAAGUAUGACGACAAUGCCCUGGCUGUCAAGUUCCAGGAUUUUUGUAAAGAGAGGGAGCAAUAUUUGUGUGAGAAGGCCAUCAGAAGAAUCACCUUCCUAGUCUACUGUAGGAGAAGUUCACCAAAAUACUUCACAUAUCGUGCCAAGUUUGAUUUUGGAGAGGACAGGAUUUACCGACAUUUAGAGCCCGCCCUGGCCUUCCAGCUGGAGAUUAACAGACUGAGGAACUUUGACCUGGAAGCCAUACAGACCAACAAUUACAAGAUGCAUCUGUAUCUGGGAAAAGCUAAGGUGGCAGCAGGACAGGAAGUGACGGAUUACAGAUUCUUUGUGAGGGUCAUCAUCCGGCACUCUGACCUUGUCACCAAGGAGGCGUCUUUUGAGUACUUACAAAAUGAAGCAGAGAGAACCCUCUUGGAGGCCUUGGAUUCAUUAGAAGUGGCAUGCUCCCACCCACUG